AUGGGACUUUCAGCAGCUAAAAAUCAUCGAGGAUCAAUAUCUUUGACUGGUAGCGAAGAGGAGAAGAUGUCAAUUGAGCAAAAAUCUAGCCACUUAGCUAUUGACGUGACUUCUUUGGAGGAGUCUAUUGAUCCAGAAGCAGAGCGCAAACUUGUUCACAAGUUCGAUUAUGGACUGGUUCCUUUUUUUUGUGUCUCUUACUUUUUCUCAGCUCUUGAUAGAUCGAACAUAGGUAAUGCAAAGGUCGCAGGAAUGGCAACUGACAUUGGAAUCACUGAUGUUCAAUUUUCGAACGUGACAAGUGUUUUGUAUGCCACUUAUAUUCCAUUUAUGAUCCCGGGUGUUUGGUUCAUGCGGAGAUUCGCAAGGGCAAAAUACUACCUUGGCUCCAUGAUCAUUGCAUGGUCUCUAGUUACUAUCUUCACCAUAUUUGUGAACGGAUACGGGAGCCUAAUCACGGUCAGACUUCUUGUGGGACUUUUGGAAGGAUCCUAUUUGAGUUGUAUGUCUGUUAUUGCAACAGAUUAUUACUUCCCACACGAACUAGCUCGAAGAAGCGCCUACUAUUUUGUGGCUUCUUCUUUCUCUGGAUCAUUUGGAGGACUCAUCGCAACUGGAAUCACCAAAAUUAAUAGUGGGAAGCUUGAGUCAUGGAAAUAUCUGUACUUGAUUGAGGGUUUGCUGUCACUAGCAGCAGGAAUUUGGGUGUUUUUGUACUUUCCUGAUAGUCCAAGUGUCCUUACCAAAACCGAGACCGAAAAGAAAGUUCACGCUGAUCGCUCGAGGAGAAGAGCUAUUUAUAUGGGUGAUACCAAAUUCAGCAAGAGUGAGCUGCUGGCCACAUUAAAUUGGCAAUUGCUACUUUCGAUUGUGAUUCAGUUUUGCCAAGAUAUCUGUCUCUAUGGAUUUUCCACGUUUUUGCCGAUUAUCUUGAAAUCGGGUUUGGGAUUCAACUCUUUAGAGGCUCAGUACCUGACGGUCCCCGUGUACUUUUUUGCGGGAAUUCUCUACUUGAUUCAGGCAGAAAUAUCAGAUAGGACCAGACUUAGAGGACCGAUCCUAAUGUUUGGAACAUCAAUUGCAAUCAUUGGGUACAUCAUCUUACUAUCAGUCAAAAAGUCAGCAGUGAAAUAUUUUGCAUGCUAUUUAAUCUGUUUCACGUUGUAUCUUGGAACAGGCUUAAAUGAAAUCUGGCUGGCUUCAAAUACCGCCCCCGCAUUCAAAAGAGGUACGUCAAUAUCGUUUAACUUGUCUCUGGGAAAUGUCGCUGGUGCGGUUAGUCCUCAAGUGUACAGGAAGGCACCUGAUUACACCCUUGGCCACGCGUUCACGUUGGGAUGUUUAGCAUUUUGCUUGUUUGCAAUUGCUCUUCAGUCUUGGAGUUACUGGAGAAGAAACAAUAUUCAUCGAAAAAUAUUGGAGACUGGAGUUGAUGACCGGAAACAGACUCGGAAGCACGGAGAUGAUGACCCAUCCUUUAAAUUUCUGAUAUGA